AUGUCAGAUUGUUCGGAUCCCGAGGACGAGAUUAUCGAGAACACCUCGGACUCGUGUGGCCACUCACACGCCCCUGGGCAUGGACACAGCCAUGUUCACAGGCCUGCGCGACCACAAGUGCCUGAAGGAGCCAAAAACUGGCCAGCUAUUUAUCCGAUUUACCUGAACAAGUUUAGGACAAGAGAACAGGGCCGAAGAAUUGCGAAAGAAGAAGCAGUUGAAAAUCCGACUUUUUACGAAAUUAAAGAAAUCUUGGAACACGAAGGAUUCAAGGUUUUCGUCGAAAAUAAGGUGCAUCCACGAGAGCCAGACAGAUUCUUUCCCCUUGGCCCGCCGCCGAUGGGAAAUCCUCACCGCGGACGAGUUAAGUUUCAGUACAAAAAUGCUGAUGGAACAUUGUGCAAUCCUAAAUUCAAGAACAAGCAUAGCCUCUACUCAUACAUCGCUCAAAUGAUUCCGAAGCUAAAGUCUCGAGUUGAAGCUGUUCGAAUGCGCGAUCAAGCAGCGAAGCAAAAGCAACAAGCUGCUCAAGCUCAAUCCAGUGUCAAGCUGUGCCUUAACGCUUCAGAAUACACUAGUAAAGACUACCACUUUAUUCUAAUGUAUGUUCCUUGCUCUAGAAUGGCUCCGACAGUUCGAGUCGGAUCGGAUUCUGGUUCUCGAACUCCGAGUCGGCGGGCUCAAGACACCCCAAGAUCUGGUCUCAUCUGCCGUGUCAAAUACACCAACAAAUUACCCGACAUUCCAUUUGAUCCGAAGAGCGUCAAAGUUUACCCAAAUGGAAGGGAUAGAUUUGUUGAAUACAAACCGACGACGCUAGAGAAACUCUGCAAAGUGGAGCUUCAUACGGAUUUCGAUCUGGACGUCAAUAUUGAUUUGAUUGAUCCAGAGACGUAUACUGUAAAACCCGGUACUGUCCUGCAUCCCGAGGACAGUAAGCUACUCCAGGAAGAAGAUUCCAAGAAGAAUGAUUCAAGGCGAUCGGGGAUCCACAACCGACAACUUACCUUCUUCCGGCCAUCAGAAUACAUUUCUCAGGACUUCAAACAAUACGGAAGCAACGCAAAAGACAAAGUCGAAUCAAAGCUUGGCGCCGGCGUCAAAGACCGAUUCAAAGACGAGGAAAUCUACAAAGACCGAGACGCGCAGAUCAAGGCAAUCGAGAAAACCUUCAAAGACGUCCAGCAAGAUGUUUCAGAGCAUUACUCGAAGAAGGAUGUUCACGCGGUCGAAGUUUUGCCACUUUUGCCCGAUUUCGAGACUUGGAAGCAUCCCUGCGCGCAGGUCAUUUUCGACACAGAUCCCGCUCCAAAAGGCCACUCCAAGGAAGCUCAGUUGGAUAUCAUGUCUCAAGCGAUCAUCAGAGGUAUGCAAGAUGAGGAGAAUCAACAGUUCGUCGCCUACUUCCUUCCGACUCAAGAAACGAUGGAGCAACGGACGAGAGAUAAAUCUCUUGGACUGGACUUUGACGACGAUACGACGUAUGAUUACAAACUGGCUAAAGAGUACAACUGGAACGUCAAAAACAAAGCUUCGAAGGGUUACGAAGAAAACUUCUUCUUCUGCUACCGCCCAAACGAUGGCGUGUACUACAAUGAGCUGGAAACCCGUGUUCGUCUUUCCAAGCGCGUCCGCCAAAAGACAACCGAAGGGGUUGAUAAUUUGACGAACUAUUUCAACACUGUACUUCGAGUUCAACAUAGAGAAAACACGGAAGAUGAGGAUAAAGCACAGAAGAUGCGUGAAAAUGCUCUCAUGAAUACCAGCGAUCACAGUGAUGAGGAUGAUGAUGACUCGUCCGAUGCCUCAUCUGUGGCAGCAAAGGAUUCUGAUGCAGAAGGAGAACCGGGAGAGUCAUCGCCAAAACGCAGAGGCACCAACAGCGACUCCGAUAGCAAUGACGAGGGCGAUACAACCGCGCGAGCUGGCGAAACGAUCACCAAGUCCGAUAGCGAUUCGGACUCGGACGAUGAUGCCGACGCGCAAAAGAAGGUCUUUGGUGACUCGGACUCGGAUUCAAGCAUGUCCGAGUAG